AUGGAGGCUAUCACCGGCUUGAUUCAAAAAGGGCUUUUCGGCGGCGCUUUUCAAAUUAGUUUGCCCUCGUCCGCACAAGAUGUUAGCCUGUUCCGUCAAGUGCCGGACAAUCAAGAGGUUUUCGUCAAUCCUUCUAACGAACAGAGCAUCACCAUAGACAUUCUUGAGGCAGUUACUCCGAAUGAUCUUGCCGCAGCUGUGGUAGCCCAUUUUGAAGACACUGUUGAGUGUAAUUCCGCAUCUAGCUCAGCCGUUGAAUCAAUUGAAGUUCAAAGUAAUCCUGACGGCCCUCCAGCCGUCCUCCUUCGUGGGUGGCAGAAAGUAUCGAAGUUCAACCAAGCGCAAGAAGACCAUGUCGCUAUUACAAUUAUGCUCUAUCGCUUCCUCGAUCACUCUGCUGACGUACUGGUGUGCUUUAAUAACCCAGCCGUGAGCCAACAACAGAGUGGAACAUCUGGUUUUUGGAGGGAUGAAGACGUGAACUCCUGUUUGCGCUCUCUUCGGCUAAUUGAUCCUCGAAUUUUCGGAUAA